AAACUCUUGGCACAUAAAGCAGUUGCCUAGAAACAAAGCUAAACAAUUCCAUUGGCAGAGUCCCUGCGUGCUCAAAGCAAAAGCCACCAGAGAACAGGUCUAAUCUUUCCUUCAAGUGACACAAAUCUGCCGUACACUUCCUGGUUUUUACUUACGAGGAUCCUGAGUGUCGUCUUUUGUGAAUUAUUGAAGGCCCUGGGAGAUGAAGAUACCUGAGUUGACCCACUAGUGGUGGAGAUUGGAGAGAGAGAGAGUGAACAGUGUCAGUCCCGGCUUUCUUCAGUUUUCUCAGGCUCUGAGGAAGAUAGAGCUGUUGCUGGCCUGCCUUCCAGAAACAUGGCCAAGGGAAAGAAGAAAAAGAGUAGCAGUGAACCCAAAGGUAAGAAGAUCACCCUGGCCAUGGCCACGAACUGCCUGAAGAUGACGGUGGACGGCAAGCGGCGCCUAGACCUGAGCAACCAGGGCCUGGCCAGCGUGCCCCGGAGCCUGUUGGGCCUCUGUGAUGUGGAGGAGCUGGACCUCAGCCGCAACCUACUCACCAAGCUCCCGGAUUUCAUCGACAAGUUCCUCAACCUGCGCUUCCUCGACUUGCACAGUAACUAUCUGGAACAAAUCCCCCCCUCGAUCGGGCGGCUGCAGAACCUGCUGACUCUGAACCUGUCCAACAACCGUCUGACCAGUGGCUCCCUGCCCAGCGAGCUGGGCCUGCUGGCCAAGCUCCACAAGCUCAACCUGGGCCUCAACCGGCUGGACAGCGUUCCCCGGUGCCUGGCCGCCCUCAAAGAGCUGCGCGACGUGGGCCUCUUCGACAACCGGCUCACCGCCUACCCGGACUGCCUGCGGCCGCUCAAGAAGCUGGAGAAGGUGAACCUGGACUCCAAUCCGUUCCCCCCCGAGGUGGACGACCUGGACCCCAUCCGGAGGCAGGAGGCGCUGUACCUGGUGGACGCAGAGGCCUGCCUGUGCGGCGGCUGCCUGGACAAGUGCCGGUCGCAGAGGAGGAAGGUGGAGGGGCGGGCCGAGCUGGAGAUCAAGGUGAAGCCCCGGCGGAUGUUCGCAGGCUUGUUGACGCCCAACUCGGUGGCCCAGGUGGACCAGGAGACGUGGAGAUGAAACGGGCGGGGACAGAUGGAUUGGAGUGGCGCUACGAUCCACAAUGUUGGAUUGUAAUAUUUCCUUGCUUAUUUCAUUUAUUCAUUCGAAAUAUAUAUUUUUUAAAUGAAAUAAAAGCAUUGGU